AUGUAUGCCACGAACGCCUCUAGCUUCCAAGCUCCAACCUCUUCUUCUUACUCCAACGCACCGCAAUCACCACCCGGAGAGUUUCGUAAACCACCUCCAGGAUACGCCAGUGGACAGCCACUUUAUCAUCCGGAUUGUGCCCCUGCUACACAAAUCUAUGAGGAGCACACGUCAGCAUCGCAUUAUCCCUAUGCACACGUUGGGGCACGACCACCAGGCCAAGCGUAUUUAUCAGGGAAGCCUGUGAAUUCACACUAUGUGGCCGACCCCCCAAAGUACACACCAAGUCCUGACAUCUACCAAGCAUCUAUUCCGGACGACCGAUAUCGUCGUUCUUUGUACACGACGGGCCAUACGCCGGGUGCGCAACAUUCCGAUAUCUGUUUAACUGCGUAUUCUGAUACCUCCUCUCAAAUGACUCAGCCGGCAAUAAGCUCCCGUCACUCAAUGCCAGCGUAUGGCAUGGGUGGCUCAAACAAUUUACAGCAACCUUAUGCCGCGCAGCCGUACCCACAUGCCCCACAGCCAAAUCCCCAACAGCUGCAACACCAAUCUUCAUUGUGCAAUAGGAUUCCUCCUUACGAUGCAAAUAAUGGUUUGACCCGUCCAGCAUCGUUCAGGGGCCCCGCUCAGAAUGCUAGCUCCUCACACAAGUAUGGAAGGAAGGGAACGCAGUAUAUAUCUGGAGUUUACGGGUCAGAUCCCCAGGCCCACGAUCCUCGUCUGGCAACUCCAUGUCCCAAUGGUCCAGGAGUUGGGCUACAACAUCCUGGUUUCGCUCAAAGACAACCCGGCUACCCACCACAGGGAUCCCCUUAUGCAGACAACGGUCCACGAGUGCAUGGUGUUGGCCCACCACAAGGCUAUGCGUCACCGAAUGGAUAUGCAGCACAUGAUCAAUUGCAAUCUAUGCACGGAAACCCGCCACUUGGAAACAAUAUGUACAACAGCACUCCACAACCGCCUAGAUAUGGUCCAUCAGUGGGGGGGAUGGUGCCUCUACCUGGAGUGGGAGGGAUGAUGCCUCCACCUGGAGUGGGAGGGAUGAUGCCUCCAUCUGGAGUGGGAGGGAUGAUGCCUCCAUCUGGAGUGGGAGGGAUGAUGCCUCCACCUGGAGUGGGAGGGAUGAUGAUGCCUCCACCUGGAGCGGGGGGCAUGUUGCAGCACAACGAAACAAUGCCUUGCGGCGGUGGACUGCCUGGUAUGGGCCCUGUUCCGCCUGUUCCGGGCAUGGGUGUACAGACCGUGGGUCCGGAGCACGGUGGAGCUCAUCCUCAUCGCCCUCCGCACUCCGGUCCCUACGGCGGAGGUGGGCCCCCUCCUUAUAGGCCAGGGCCGAGUCUAGCUCCCACAAGACAUUCUGUGAAUGGCAUGGCGCAACCUUAUCCUGGUUUGUGA